ACUUGUCGCUGCCGCUAGGGAAGGUAAAGCGGUGACGGCGGCCGCGAGCGUGGAGGCUUCCCCGAUAGAGGUGGGGGACUCGGCAGGGGACUCAUUUAAUACUGCACAGUUGAUCAAAUGUAUGAAGGUUCCUUGCCAACCAUCGAGAAUUUCUUCGUUGGGACAUUUUUCCCCUGUUUACUAAAUAACUUGUUUAGAAGUGUCUUUUUUGGUGCCAUGUUCUGUGGCUCGCAUCAAAAGAGGAGUUUGUCUUCAUGAAGAUUCCUAACAUUGGUAAUGUGAUGAAUAAAUUUGAGAUCCUUGGGGUUGUCGGUGAAGGAGCCUAUGGAGUUGUACUUAAAUGCAGACACAAGGAAACACAUGAGAUUGUGGCAAUCAAGAAAUUCAAGGACAGUGAAGAAAAUGAAGAAGUCAAGGAGACGACUUUACGAGAGCUUAAAAUGCUUCGCACUCUCAAGCAGGAAAACAUUGUGGAGCUGAAGGAAGCUUUUCGUCGGAGAGGGAAAUUAUACCUGGUGUUUGAGUAUGUUGAGAAGAAUAUGCUCGAAUUGCUGGAAGAAAUGCCAAAUGGAGUUCCACCUGAAAAAGUUAAGAGCUAUAUCUACCAACUAAUCAAAGCUAUCCACUGGUGCCACAAGAAUGACAUUGUUCACAGGGAUAUAAAGCCUGAAAAUCUCUUAAUCAGCCACAAUGAUGUCCUGAAACUAUGUGACUUUGGUUUUGCACGGAAUCUCUCAGAGGGUAAUAAUGCUAAUUAUACAGAAUAUGUGGCUACAAGGUGGUACCGAUCCCCAGAACUGCUACUUGGAGCCCCCUAUGGGAAGUCAGUGGACAUGUGGUCAGUGGGCUGUAUUCUUGGAGAGCUUAGUGAUGGACAGCCCUUAUUUCCUGGAGAGAGUGAAAUUGACCAACUCUUUACUAUUCAGAAGGUGCUAGGACCACUUCCAUCUGAGCAGAUGAAGCUCUUCUAUAGUAACCCUCGUUUCCAUGGACUCCGGUUCCCAGCUGUUAAUCAUCCUCAGUCAUUAGAGAGAAGAUACCUUGGAAUUUUAAAUAGUGUUUUACUUGACCUAAUGAAGAAUUUACUGAAGUUGGACCCAGCUGACAGAUACUUGACAGAGCAGUGUUUGAAUCACCCUACAUUUCAGACUCAGAGACUUUUGGACCGGUCUCCUUCAAGAUCAACAAAAAGGAAACCUUAUCAUGUGGAAAGCAGCACCCUGUCUAAUAGAAAUCAAUCCACCAAGGGUGCCGCUUUACAGACUCACCACCGAUCCAACAGCAAGGACAUUCAGAACUUAAGUGUGGGUCUGCCCAGGGCUGAGGAAGGCCUGCCUGCAAGCGAAAGCUUCCUCAAUGGAAACCUUGCUGGAGCAACUCUCAGCCCAAUGCACACCAAAACCUACCAAGCAAGCACUCAGCCUGGGUCCUCCAGCAAAGAUCUCACAAACAACAACAUACCACACCUUCUCAGUCCAAAAGAAGCCAAGUCCAAAACAGAGUUUGACUUCAAUAUUGACACAAAGCCUUCCGAAGGUCCAGGCACAAAGUACCUCAAGUCCAGCACCAGAUCUCAGCAGAACAGGCACUCAUUCAUGGAAAGCUCCCAGAGCAAAGCUGGGACCCUGCAGCCCAGCGAGAAGCAGAGUCGGCACAGCUAUAUUGACACCAUCCCCCAGUCCUCCAGGAGUCCAUCCUACAGGACAAAGGCCAAAAGCCAUGGGGCGUUGAGUGACUCCAAAUCUGUGAGCAACCUUUCAGAAGCCAGAGCCCAAAUCACAGAGACUAAUACCAGUAGAUACUUCCCAUCCAGUUGUUUGGACUUGAACUCUCCCACCAGCCCAACCCCCACCAGGCACACUGAUACGAGAACUUUGCUCAGCCCUUCUGGUAGGAAUAAUCGAAAUGAGGGCACUCUGGACUCACGGCGAACCACCACCAGACACUCAAAAACCAUGGAGGAGUUGAAGCUGCCUGAACACAUGGAUAGCAGCCAUUCGCAUUCACUGUCUGCACCUCAUGAAUCAUUUUCUUAUGGGCUAGGCUACACCAGCCCCUUCUCCUCUCAGCAGCGGCCUCACAGGCAUUCCAUGUACGUGACCCGGGACAAAGUGAGAGCGAAAGGCCUUGAUGGAAGCUUGAGCAUAGGACAAGGGAUGGCAGCCCGAGCCAACAGUUUGCAGCUGUUAUCACCCCAGCCUGGAGAACAGCUCCCUCCAGAGAUGACUGUGGCAAGACCUUCUGUAAAAGAGUCCUCCCGAGAAGGCGCCUCUUCAUUCCACACCCGUCAGAAGUCUGAGGGUGGAGUAUACCAUGACCCACACUCUGAUGACGGCACGGGUCCCAAAGAAAAUCGACAUCUGUACAAUGACCCUGUCCCAAGGAGAGUUGGCAGCUUUUAUAGAGUGCCAUCUCCACGACCAGACAAUUCUUUCCAUGAAAAUAAUGUGUCCACUCGAGUUUCUUCUCUGCCAUCUGAUAGCAGUUCUGGUACAAAUCAUUCAAAAAGACAACCAGGAUUUGAUCCGUGGAAAAGUCCUGAAAACAUUAGUCAUUCCGAUCAACUCAAAGAAAAGGAGAAGCAAGGUUUUUUCAGGUCAAUGAAAAAGAAAAAGAAGAAAACUCCAACAACAGACUCCACCAACGGGGAGAAUCCAAGCAUCAAGAAAUCCCUCUUUCCUCUUUUUAAUUCAAAGAAUCAUUUAAAGCAUAGUUCUUCUUUGAAAAAGCUUCCUGUAGUCACUCCACCCAUGGUGCCCAACACUGAUGGUCCUGACCUCUUGACCUUACAGAAAGCCAUUCAUUCUUCUAGCACUGCAAGCAGCAGACCAAAGGAGUGGCGACCUGAGAAGCUCGCAGAUCUACAGACCCAGAGCCAACCACUAAAAUCCCUUCGGAAGCUGUUGCAUCUGUCUUCAUCAACCAAUCACCCAGCUUCUUCAGAUCCUCGGUUCCAGCCCUUAACAGCUCAACAAGCCAAAAAUUCCUUCUCAGAAAUUCGGAUUCACCCUCUGAGUCAGGCCUCUGGUGGGAGCAGCAACAUCCGGCAGGAGCCUACACCAAAAGGCAGACCAACCCUUCAGUUACCAGGUCAGAUGGAUCCUGGUUGGCACGUGUCCUCUGUGACCAGGAGUGCCACAGAGGGGCCUUCCUAUUCUGAACAGCUGGGUGCCAAGAGUGGGCCAAACGGGCAUCCUUAUAACAGAACAAAUCGCUCACGAAUGCCAAAUCUGAAUGAUUUAAAAGAGACAGCCUUGUAAUUUAUGCUGGGAUGGAGGGUGUUUAUGUGGGGGGGGGGA